CCCCUCAGCCGCCGGCCUGCCGUGCUGACGGGGGGCGGGCACUCACCUGCUGCGGACCGCCGCCGCCGCAGCCGUUCUCACCCCGGCCUCUCCCCGCGGGCGGCCCCAUGGAGCGGCUGCGGGUGGACGCGGCGGCCCUGGACGAGUACGCGGAGUACCGGCGAAUUGUAGGUGAUGAUGAUGGAGGAAAGCUCUUUACCCCUGAGGAAUAUGAGGAGUACAAUAGAAAAGUUGGGCCAAUUCGGUUACGGAACAGGCUGUACGUGAGCUGGAGAUCACCAACUGGCAUGGACUGUAAGCUUGUGGGGCCAGAGACACUGUGCUUUUGUACUCACCGGUAUAAACAACACAAAACGGACUAUGAAGUGAUUCCUGAAGACCGUCCUAUUUAUGUGCCUUGCAGAGUGAGCCGCUGUCCAUGCCAGUCCUACCACUACGUCCCUGUAAAUGGCACACAGCCCAUCCGUUGCAGAUGCAAACACUUUGCUGACCAGCACAGUGCAGCACCUGGACAUUCAUGUAACUCUUGUUCCAAGUGUUUGGGCUUUCGUAGUUGCUUUACCUGUGCAUGUGGUGAGCCAACAUAUGCUCAUGAAACAGUCGUGGAAACUAAAGAAGAACGCUUAGCUCAAGGAAAGCCUGUGGGCCAGGAUGUUCCUUAUGCUGCCAUGGGAGGACUGACUGGUUUUAGUUCACUAGCAGAAGGCUACAUGAGACUUGACAACAGUGGUGUAGGGGCUCCUUCUGAUGAACUUUCAGAAUCCCCUGUUACCAGCACGGAUCAUCCAUUUCUCAAAGCAUUUCAGGGACCUUCUAGUUCUGCUCAAACCAUCCCAGAGAUAGCAGGUGGUUCUAGUGGCAAAAGGCAAGUUUGUCCUGGAAAGUAUACAGAACAAGAUGACAUGGCUUACUUUGAGAAACGUUAUCAAGAACGGCUGAAAAAGGAGAAGGCUGCUAAACAGAAACAGAAAAGUGCAGUGCCAUCAAAGAAGCCAUAAGUUUAAUAAAGAACUAUUUAUUAUAUACCACAGUAUUAAUCAUUGCAUUGAAGAGUAUUUUUUACUGUGCCUACCUGCAUACUUUAUUUCUUAAUUUCUUUAUUCUGAUGGUUUGUUCUAUUGCUGAAAUGAAUUUUUUAUUAUCAUGUUGCAGUAAAAUUGGUACUUUAAUCAAUACACUUCUAAUCUCCAGAAUUAUUACAUAGAUAUUCCUUUGAGAACGGAAAAUCAUAUUUAGAGAUUUACAGAACUGUUAUUGAAGAUCUGAGAGAAUAAUCAUGUAUUUAAGUAUAAUGUUGUAGUAGGGCAAAGAAAAUAUGCCUUAUUCUUAAACUUCUAUAACACACUUUAUUUGUAGAGUCCUUAGAACUCGUCUCAUUCAUGAAUUUUUAUUUGGUGAAAUUUGUUCUGUUUAUAUUAACAUUUUAAUUUUAUUUAAAUACUUUUUUUCCUAUUGGUUUCAUUGCCUUCACAUAAAAUUCAAACAUAGCCUUCUUU